AGUUCUUAACCUCACAUUUUGACCUAUAUUUUGAUACGUUUUAUUUACUACUGUUUAGUAAAUUUUGAUUUUAGAGGUCUGAAUAAUUAAAAUGGAUAUAAGUCCAGUAGAAGACGAUUUACUGGACGUAGACGGUGCAGAUUUUUUUAUUAAUUUUCCCCCGGAAGUUCAAAAAGCCAUCGACGAGGUUCUUCCUAACAGGGAUUCUCUAGAUGAGCCGGACUUUAAUAGCAUAGACUAUAUAAAUUCCCUUUUUCCUACUGAACAAUCCUUAUCAAAUAUCGAUGAAGUCGUUAUUAAGAUGGAAAAUCAAAUUCAUACAAUCGACACUGAGAUUUCAACAGUUAUUCGGAGCCAAAUUGAUGCAAGCAGAGAAGGAAGGGAAGCAUUAGAUGAAGCCCAAAAAGUAAUAAAACAACUGUUCAUCCAUAUCAAAGACAUUAAGGAGAGAGCUGAAAAAUCUGAAGAGAUGGUCAGAGAAAUAACCAGAGAUAUUAAGCAACUAGACUGCGCUAAAAGAAAUUUAACUUUGGCGAUCACUACUUUAAAUCACUUACACAUGCUGGUGGGAGGGGUGGACACUCUCAAAUCACUAACGCAAAAACGUUUGUAUGGGGAAAUCGCUCUGCCCCUUCAAGCCAUUAGUGAAGUGAUGACGCAUUUCGAGAACUACUCGGACAUUCCGCAAAUUAAAACUUUGAGCGAUCAAGUGAAUUCUAUUAGGAAGGAACUGGCCGACCAAAUCACACACGAUUUUAAGGAAGCAUUUCAAGGACCCAGUAUAAAAUCCCAAAUACCAAACAAACAGCUGCAACAAGCCUGUUUGGUUGUAUCUAUCUUAGAUCCUUCGGUGAAAAAGGAACUUUUAAAGUGGUUUUUAAAUUUACAGUUGCAAGAGUAUAACCAUUUAUUCCAGGAGACUGAAGAUACCGCUUGGUUGGAUAAAAUUGAUAAGAGAUAUGCGUGGAUCAAGAGACAUUUGUUGGAAUUUGAGGAUAGAUUAGGCAGCAUGUUUCCUCAAAACUGGGAAGUGUCGGAACGUAUAGCGGUUCAAUUUUGUCAUAACACGCGAGAGGAAUUGGCGAAAAUUAUGGCGAAGAGAAAAAACGAGAUCGACGUUAAGUUACUUUUGUAUGCCAUACAGAAAACGUCCGCGUUCGAGGCUUUACUGUUCAAAAGGUUUACCGGGGUUACAUUGCGAGAGAAUUUAGAGGACACUCUUAAGGUAUCUAAAAUGAAGGAAAAUAAGAGUGAAAUGACCGAAUUGGUUGAGUCGCCGUUUAAUGGCUUAAUAGGUGAAUACAUUGAUAGUGUUUUUAUUUCUCAAAUUGUGAGAAAAAGGCAAAUUUUAGGCAGAUGUUUUAUUCCUCAUUUGGAAAUCUACAUCGAAAGUGUCGAUCGUAAUUUAGCCGAUUUAAUAGAGAGAUUUAUCCAGGACGAGAAACAACCAAACAGGACCACGGAGAGUACCGAAACUCAAGCGGCCAUUUUACCCUCUUGUCCCGAUCUGUUCGUUUUUUACAAGAAGAGCAUGAUACAGUGCAAUCAGCUGGAUAGAGGUGAAUCCAUGCUGAGCCUGACCAAAACGUUCCAAAAAUAUUUACAAGAGUAUUCAGAGAAGCUGUUACAAAACAAUUUACCGAGAAUCGAAGCGCAAACUUUGGGUGCUUCCGUGCAAAACUUCACUAAUUUACAGAAAAUUUCAACGUCCGGUUUAAUACAGAACUUUUCGUCGUUAUUGAAAGAAGGGGAAAUAACUAGAUUUACAAAAGAAGAACAAACAAAAAUUUGCUGCAUCUUAACGACGGCCGAAUAUUGUUUGGAAACCACUCAGCAACUGCAAGACAAACUAAAAGAGAAAAUCGAGCCCCACUUAGCCGAUCAGGUGGACUUGUCUAGAGAACAGGACCAAUUCCACAAGGUCAUUUCCAAUUGCAUUCAACUGCUGGUGCACGACUUAGAAAACGCUUGCGAGCCAUCGUUAACUGCCAUGUCAAAGAUCCAAUGGCAAAAUAUCGAGGCGGUCGGCGAUCAGAGCUCGUAUAUCACAACGAUGACGAGCCAUUUAAAGGCGACCGUGCCAGUGAUCCGUGAUAAUUUAGCACACUCCCGGAAAUAUUACACGCAGUUUUGCAUCAAGUUUGCCAACAGUUUUAUACCGAAAUUUAUACAGAACAUUUACAAAUGCAAACCGAUUAAUACCGAAGGUGCCGAACAACUCCUGCUCGAUACCCACAUGCUCAAAACGGUUUUAUUGAAUUUACCAUCGAUCGCUUCGCAAAUUAAUAGACCAGCACCGGCUGCAUACACAAAAGUCGUUACCAAAGGUAUGACCAAAGCGGAAAUGAUCUUGAAAAUCGUGAUGACUCCGAUCGAACCGCCGAAAACGUUUAUCGAUCAAUAUAAGAAGUUGCUGCCCGAUUGUCAGUUGACUGAAUUCAACAAAAUAUUGGAAAUGAAGUCGGUUAAGCGGCAAGAACAGGCUCUAUUGGUCGACCUGUAUAAAUGUCAAAAAUGAUUCGGUUUCAGUUAGAAUAGGAGAAAAUUCGUCAGUGUUUUGCACUUUAGUAUGUAUAUUCGUUGUUGUAUUUAUUGUUCCGUCAUAAAAGAUAAGAUUAACUAAUUACAA